GACCACAUCGCCUUGCAAUGCCGCCACUGCAUUUAAACACGCUCACACGCCUCUCCAGUAUGUGGCCCUGUCCACUUGCUGUGCGAUUGACCUCACCUUGAUCCAGCAAUAAAUCGCCGCCUGGGUAAUCAAAGCUCCGUCGCGUCACUCGCAUACCCCACCACGCCGCCUAUACGCAGGCUCCACGCCUCUCCAGCACGCUUCGCCAUGUCCGAGUUCGCGGCUUACACUGCAAAUAGCAGUAAGAGCACGAUAACAAAUGGCUCGGCUUCCAAUGGUAAUGCUUGGGGUGGUGAGCAGAACCCUGCUGCCUUCGACUUCCGCUCCGACGUGCACACGACGCCAACAGCAACCAUGUUGAAAGCGAUACAAGAAUGCACACUUCUCGAUGAUGUCACUAUGGAAGACCCAACGACACUGUCCCUUGAGCGCUUCAUCGCCGAGCUUUCGGGAAAAGAAGACGCGCUGCUGGUGCUAUCGGGCACAAUGGGCAAUCAGGUCGCGCUGCGAGCACAUCUUACCACCCCUCCACACGCUGUUCUGUGUGACCGAAGAGGACAUAUUAUAAACUAUGAAGCUGGGGGCGUAGCAACUCUGAGCCAGGCCAUGAUGCAGCCCAUCGACGCAAUGAACAACGCAUACAUGACGCUUGAGGAAGUGCAGAAGUAUGCUGUUGUGUCCGACGACGUUCACGCCUGUCCUACACGCGUGAUAUCGCUCGAAAACACACUAAAUGGUGCCAUUAUGCCACUUUCAGAAGUCCGACGGAUAUCUGCCUGGGCACGUGAGCAUGGUAUCAUCAUGCAUCUAGAUGGCGCACGCCUAUGGGAAGCCGUAGCCGCGGGAGCUGGAACACUCAAAGAGUACUGCGCGGAAUUCGAUAGCAUAAGCCUGUGCUUCAGCAAAGGUCUUGGAGCACCCAUCGGCAGCAUCAUCGUCGGCACAAAGGCCUUCAUCAAGCGCAGCCGUUGGAUCCGCAAGUCCAUUGGUGGUGGCCUACGACAAGCAGGUGUUAUUGCAGCUCCCGCUCGCGUCGCAGUCGAAGAGACGUUCCUUGGCGGCAAGCUCGCUCAAUCACACGAGAAUGCGAAGAGGAUCGAGAAGAUCUGGGCAGACUUAGGAGGCAAGCUGCAGUAUCCCGUCGACACGAAUAUGGUAUGGUUGGACCUUGAGGCUCAUGGUAUUGAUGCCAACAACUUCAUUGAAUUGGCGGAGAAGUACGGCCUGAGGAUUCGCGCUGGCAGAUUCGUCGUGCAUUAUCAGAUUGGUGAGGAGGCCAUUGCACGAUUAAGGAAGUUGUUCACCGAGGUGUUGACCGGCAAAGAGUCAAGUGGGAAGAAGGCGGAGGCACCACAUGACCCGGAGGACUUGAAGCUGAAGGGUAAGGGCGUAGAGUAGAAGCAUGUCUACGGCAGAGUUCCAGAGCAACGUGUACAUUUAUUCCGUAUCACAAGUCCAUCUUCAAUGCAAGAUGCUAAGGCGGGCGUUCCGAACUCUCGGAAUCUUCGGAACCACCAAGCUUUCCAAGACUCACUAUUACGUUAUGACAUCCAUUAAAGAGCCAAAAACUUCCCUCAUCGAGCCAAGAACCAAGAUGA